UUCUGGAGUACAAGUAUAGUGGAUCGGAGUAGAAGUUCGAGUACAGUGGCCGGCUCUGAUCUGAGUGGCUGCAAUGUGCAAUGUCUACACUACAGCUUUAUAGUUGUAUAGAUAAGACUAUUGAGCUGCUGUUGCUGGGCUCAAGUCAGUAUUCACCCUAACUGUACUGGCUGAUAGUGAUGGAGAGACUGCAAAUUGUGUUAAGCUUCAAAUCCAAGAGAAAACAGCUGUUGAUGUCAGCAGCUUCGAUUUUCUGCCUAUUAUCAAUACUUUGGUUUAUCAGAAAUGUAUUUCUACCACCCAAUGCAGUGAAACUCCCUGUGAACAUAGAUAUGGAUCCGCCAGCUCGCCUGCAAAAGGAUAAUACUCGACGACCCAUCAAUAUUCCUAACCAUAUCUCAUAUACAGAUCACCCCUACCAAUUAGCGCACCAAGCUGACACUGACAACGAGGGGUCAAGCAACCAGACUACACUGAGUGCAGUGCUGAUACCGAUUAUUAACUUCGUUGUUCGCUCUGCGUUUAUUGACUUGCGGCCAAGAGAUGGAUAUAGUAACUCCACAGUGAUUCUUGCCGAAGCUUCAAAGGAAAUACUAAAGUUUGGUUUAAUUGUAAGCUGUGGUGUUGAUGAGAUUAGUGCUAAAAUACACAAAACUAGAACUCUAUACUUUAGUUGGAUUGAAAGCCACUUUCCGAAUCUUACUCACGAGGAAAUAAUGAUUACAUGCUAUGAUCUUGAAGCCCAUGACAAUAGUACAGCUUUUGUCACGUAUCGUCCAGCACCAAACUCAGAUAAAGUAAUAACAAGCACUGUUCGAGUUUCAUACUUAUUAACAGGUGAACGAAAAGAAAGCAAAAAUAAAGUUGUAGUUUGUACAAUGUGUUUCGGAUCUACUCCACAUUGGUUCAACGAGUGGUUGAGAUAUCAGAAGACUCUAGGAGUUGAUCUGGUUCAAAUAAACGUUGACGACCAGUGUAUGAAUGAAAUCAGGAAUUUGAGAACAUUUCAGCAAUAUAGUGAGGAUGGUUUCUUGAAAAUACAGUACUACAAAACUAUUUUCUCUUCUACGCAAGUCUUUUACCACUCUCAGGUUCUUAAAUAUCACGACUGCUUGUACCGACAUCAAAAUUCAUAUGAGUACGCACUAUUUUUGGAUAUGGAUGAUUUCUUCAUUCCACGAAUAUCGAACGAAAGUACAAUGAAGUACUAUUUGAAUACAUAUUUACCAGAAGACAAUCAAGCAGCUGUUAAAUUCCACUGGCAUAAUUUUUUCCCAGAUUGCGGCUUGACACAACCACCAGAAAACGUUAAAGAUGGUAACAUUACCAGAAUCCUUCGAAUAAAAGAAUAUUCGGAUUCUGGCAACUGGAAGUUUGGGGGUAGAUUAUCACUGAUGACAUCGGUUCGUGUUCACACACCAAUUGAAUUCAUCAAAGGUUCGAAACAAGUAUAUGAGUUUGACAGCAGUAUUGCUUACGUAGCACAUAUUAAACACAAUCGAUUAAAAAAAAGAUUAAAAAAAUUGCCUAGUAGUUUUGACUGUUUACAAAGAGUUUAGAUAUCUUAUAGUUUGCUAUUCAUAAUUAUUAUACCACCAUGGCAAUUAUUUAUACCUGAUAUGUUCACAAAUACGAGAAAUUAUUAUGCAGCCAACGAGCAUCCUGAGGUUUUUCAAUUAUUAAAGCAGCCCCUUAAUGAUUAUAGUACAUGUACUUGUAAAAAAAGUCUUUGUUGACCAUAAUAAUAAUUUUUUGCACGUAGACAUGGAUCAUGAGCGAGCAGUCGACUUAGCACAGCCACCCACGCUUCUGCACUCCGGUGUAUAGUUCAGAAUACAGCUAUAGCUAAUCUCCAAUCAAAUGCAAUGAACGCUGUUGGUGUAAAUAUUCAGUAUAAUAAUAAAUAAUCAUAAUUAUACAGGUGCGGUCAGUUCGAUAAUAUCUUAUCCUCACCCACCAAACCCUUUUUUACUAUAAUUGUAGUCUCAGUCUGUGAACUGUUUUACUUCCAGUUAAGUUUUGUCUUUGUAUGGAAUUGUGCACAUGUACAAACUGUAUAAAAUACACGAUAAUUGUUAUGCUAGAGUGAUCAGCUCCGGUAUGAUUAAAAUAAUAGUGCAAUACAUAAACUGAGUUGGCUAACCCUGAGUUCACAUGUUCUAAUUAAAAGAACUGAAAAGAUGUGUGUCUGCAUGUAUCCUUGCAAUUUCUCCAC